CAAAAGCGCGUAUGAUUUUCCCCACAUCGGCACACAAAAUAAUAAACAUCAUUGACUUUAUGUUAGCUUGGACGUAUGUAACAGCAGUACACUUAGCAGCUAUUACAUGAAACAGAUAACCACGUUUUACAAUUCGCAUUCUUAUCGUUUACAAGCCGCUUUCAAAGAGAAGAAUAGGAGAAGAAACAAGAUUAUGAAUAGAAACAGUAGAAAUAUAAAGAAAUUGUUCAUUUGUCAAGAAUGAUAACAUUUUUCAAGUAAGAGUCAAAAUACACAACUCUGUUCGAUUGAAUAAAAUCUAUAACUACACUUUUCACAGAAGGAUUGUUCUUGUAUCACACAGCAUUGAGAUAUUUUAUGGCAUAUAAUAUUUCUAUUUAAUUCAAUUUUGAAUUGCAUUAGAUUUUUACAAUGAUGCAAAAUAAAAGUAUCGUUCAGAAAACAUCCAAUAAAAUAAGAUGUGAUAAAUUAUUAAGGAAGAAAAUAAGGUCGUUCAUCGUAAAAUAUCUUUGUAUGGUUCUUUGACCAUGCAUACGUUUCGGAAACUCGUAAACGUAACUUUACACGAAUGUAAUUUUAAUUUCUUACCAAAAGAGUUUGGUACAUUACAUCAUCUUCAAGAGAUUACAUUAUCCAGCAAUAAUGUAAAUACUACUCAAUCUGCAUGGGAAUGGUUAGAACAAAUUUCUAUGAGAAAAAAUUUAAAGUUGGCAAUAACAGAUUAUGACCUACUUAAUUUACCUUUACAAAUCACAUGUUUAAAAAAUCUCACAACAUUAGACAUAACUGGGAAUAAAAUCGAUUCUGUACCAAAAGAGUUUGGUAAUUUGCCUCUUUUGGAUCUUGAUUUAUCAUAUAAUAAUCUUGGAAGAUCUAAACAAUCUGCAUGGGAAUGGUUAAUGCAAGCUCCCAUUAGAAAUAAUUUAAGAAAACUCAACUUAAGUCAUAAUUAUAUCACUACAUUACCAUUACAAAUUAAUUGUUUGAACAAUUUACAAAUCUUAUUUUUAUGCGAAAAUAAAAUCAGUUUCUUACCAAAAGAAUUUGGUACUCUGUCUCAACUAAUAACACUUGAUUUAAUGGAUAAUUUGCUCGGAAGAUGUAAGCAUGCUACGUGGGAAUGGUUAGAAACUGUCAUUAGAGAUAAUUUAUUAGAGUUAGACAUAGGCUGCAAUUUUUUGACUGAAUUUCCAUUACAAAUUACAUGUAUGAAAAAUCUACGGUGGUUAGACAUAAGUGAAAACAAAAUUGAGUUCUUACCAAAAGAGUUAGGUACUUUGCCUCAUCUUACUUGUCUUAAUCUCACUUCUAAUCAUCUUGGAAGAUCUGGUCGCAAUGCAUGGGAAUGGCUAGAGCAAACUGCAGUGAGAAAUAAAUUAUCAGAAUUGUAUCUGUGUGACAAUUUCUUAACAGAAUUACCACCACAAAUUGGAAAACUAAAUGUUUUAACUAUUUUGAAGCUCACCGGAAAUGAGUUAAAACGUUUACCACAAAGUCUCGCAAAUCUAAAAAAUUUGAAAGAGCUUGAUUUGUGCAACAAUUAUUUGUUAUAUUUACCAGGAAAUAUGGCACAUUUGUCGGCGGAUAUAGAUGUUGAUGACAAUCCAUUUAAUUUAGAUUACGAUAGUGAUGAUGAUUUUACUAUGAAUUCGAAAGUGCCUAGUCUUGUGGAUUGUUCAGCUGAUGUUAUCCUGAAAUCUGGAUUAAAUUGCAUAAACAUAUUACCUCAAAUAUUGGUCAGAUAUUUGGAUGAAAAAAAAUAUUGCUUUUUUUGUGAAACUCCAUGUUUUUUUUAUUAUGAAAAGCGCUUCAUAAAAUUUUCUGAGUAUGUCAAAAUAUUGAAUAUUAAAUUUGAUGGAACACCAAAUAUUAUGAAUGCAAGUUUUCAAUGUUAUGCUUGUUCAUCAGAAUGUGCUGAAAUUAUGGAUUUAAGAGGUUAUGAAGUUAUUAUUGGAGUUAUUUAAGAAAGCAUGAUUAAAAAACUUCUUAGACUUAAAAUUUACAGCAAAAUGUAACCUAUAUAGAAAUAUCUGACAUAUUGAUUUGAAAACUUUUAAAUUUUAGUUUUUG